AGAGAACAAGCAUUUGGCUCUAAAUUUGAGUUUGGAUUGAAAAAUAGCAGUUGAAGAAGCUAAGAAUCGAUGUCUACUAUCUUCAACAUUGCAAAAACUCAAAGUAUUGGUAAAAAAGGGUUCUUUUCCUCUCACAAUCGAUCAAGAUUCAUCUCAGCCACAGCCGCGCCGCCCUCUGUUUUAGUUCCAACAAACAACCAAAUCACCCACCUCGUUCUGGAGCAGAAAUCAGCCAACGAAGCUCUGAAAACCUUCCAAUGGGCUUCCACAAUCCCCAAUUUUUCACACGAUGUCUCCACAUACCGAGCUUUGAUCCACAAGCUCUGCUCUUUUCGACAAUUUCAUGUCGUAGACCAGGUGCUCGACGAAAUGCCUAAGAGGAUUGGUUCUUUACCAGAUGAAGACAUUUUUAUCACGAUCGUCCGCGGGCUAGGGCGGGCUAGGAUGAUCAGGGAAGUGGUUAGAGUUCUUGAUAUGGUGGCUAAGUUUGGUAAGGCCUCGCCGUCUUUGAAAUUAUUGAACUCGAUUCUUGAUGUUUUGGUGAAGGAAGACAUUGAUAUUGCUAGGGAGUUUUAUAGGAAGAAAAUCAUGGAAGCUGGUUUGAGAGGUGAUGAUUACACUUAUGGGAUUCUGAUGAAAGGCUUUUGCUUGACGAAUAGGAUCGGGGACGGGUUUAAGCUGCUGCAGGUGAUGAAGAAUCACGGUGUCGAGGUUAAUGUGGUUGUGUACAAUACUUUGCUUCAUGCCCUUUGCAAGAAUGGGAAAGUUGGAAGAGCUAGGAGUUUGAUGAAUGAGAUGGAGAGGUACAGUGACGUCACGUUUAAUAUCUUGAUAUCGGCGUAUUGUGGCGAGGGGAAUCUAGUGCAGGCUCUGGUGAUGCUGGAGAAGUGUUUUGGCAAUGGCUUUGUGCCCGAUGUCGUUGCCUUGACUAAGUUGAUAGAGAUUCUAUGCAACGAGGGGCGGAUUUCAGAGGCGGUUGAGGUGAUGGAGAGGGUGGAGGCGAAGGGAGGGACUCACGACGUUGUUGUGUACAAGACUUUGGCGAAGGGUUUUGUGAAGGCGGGAAAUGUUAGAGGAGGGUGUGGAUUGAUUAGGCAAAUGGAGGUGAAGGGAUGUUUGCCGAAUACGGAGACCUACAAUGCUCUGAUUUUAGGUUUCUGCGCGUCUCAGAAGAUGGAUUCGGCUCUUGAUUUGUUUCAUGAGAUGAAAAGGGCCGGCGUUCGUUGGGACUUUGUCACGUUUGAGACACUGACACACGGGUUCUGCUCAGCUGGGAAGACUCGUGAGGGAGUAGAGAUAUUCGAGCUUAUGCUUGAGGAUAGAGGCGGAUGUGGUGGAAGAAUCGCGUGUUGCAAUAGCAUCCUAUACUCUUUGUACAAGAACAACGACGUUGGUAAAGCGCUUGAGUUUCUUGACUACAUGAAAAACUGGUUCCCUCAAGCUGUGGAUCGUACUCUUACGAUCCUGCACCUAUGCAAAGAGGGAAACGCAGACGAAGCUAGGAAAGUUCUCGAUGAGAUGAGAGAGAGGGGCAGGGCUCCAAGUGCUAUAGUGUAUGCUAGUUUGAUUCAGGAACACUGCAAGAAAGGGUGCAUGAGGGAGGCAGUUGAGCUCGUAAACGAGAUGAUAGGGAUCGGGUAUUUUCCCGUUGCAUCAACUUUUAACGCCUUGAUCAGUGGGUUCUGCAAGCAGGGAAGAGCUGGGAUUGCAGUGAGGCUGAUGGAGGACUUGAAGACGAGAGGCUGCCUGCUCGAUUCGGAGAGCUAUGGAGUCGUGGUCGAGGCGUUGUGGGCGGUAGGGGACUUGCAACAAGUUUUUGUGAUGCUUAUGCAGAUGAUGGAAAGAGGCAUUGCUCCAAAUCAUAAUACAUGGAAUUUGUUGAUUAGGGUAGCUAUGGAAGGGAAAUCUGAGAAUAGAUUGUUGGAAUUAUUGCCAAAAAAAUUGUAAAUUUUGAUGGUCUAACCACAAGUUUAAC